UGCAUGUCUGGAGGAGAGUGGGACCCCCUGGCACGCUUGUUUUCUCACAGCUUGUGAUGUGUUUAGGAGGCAGGCAGGAGUCAUGGAUAUAGAUGCGGAAAGAGAGAAGAUAACGAAGGAGAUCAAGGAACUGGAAAGGAUUUUGGAUCCCAGCUCCUCAAGUAUCAACGUGGAGGUCUCAGAAUCAAGUCUCGAUUCAGACUCGGACGCAGAUUCGCUGCCCGAUGAGGACUCGGACGCUGCUGGUCCUGCGAUCUCGGAAGAAGACAGAGGGGGUGAAGCCAGCAACGAUGAGGACGACCCCAAGGAGAAGGCCCUCCCUGAAGACCCCGAGACGUGCCUGCAGCUGAACAUGGUCUACCAGGAGGUCAUCCAGGAGAAGCUGGCGGAGGUCAGCCUGCUGCUGGCCCAGAACCGGGAGCAGCAGGAGGAAGUCACGUGGCACCUGGCGGGGUCCAAAGGCCCCGAGGGGAAGGACGGCAAGAGCCUGCCCUCCAAUCUGUACAUAGGGCACUUCAUGAAGCCUUACUUCAAGGACAGGCUCACCGGAGUGGGGCCUCCUGCCAACGAAGACACACGGGAGAAGGCUGCUCAGGGCAUCAAGAGUUUCGAGGAGCUCCUGGUGACCAAAUGGAAAAGCUGGGAAAAGGCCUUGCUCCGAAAGUCAGUGGUGAGCGACCGCCUGCAGCGUUUGCUCCAGCCCAAGUUGCUGAAGCUCGAAUACCUCCAGCAGAAGCAGAGCAGGGUCACCAGUGAGGCGGAGAGGCAGGUCCUCGAGAUGCAGAGCAGGGAGGCGGAGAGCGAGAUCCAGGCUAUCAACCAGCUGCCAGAGGAGGCUUUGCUAGGGAGCAGACUAGACAGCCAUGACUGGGAGAAAAUCUCCAACGUUAAUUUUGAAGGAGCCCGCAGUGCCAAGGAGAUCCGGAAGUUCUGGCAGAACUCUGAGCACCCAAGCAUCAACAAGCAGGAAUGGAGCGGACAGGAAGUAGACCAGCUGAAGGCCAUCGCGGCCAAGCACGGCCACCUGGAGUGGCAGAAAAUCGCCGAGGAGCUGGGGACCAGCCGCAGCGCCUUCCAGUGCCUGCAGAGGUACCAGCAGCACAACACAGCCCUGAAGCGCAGGGAGUGGACGGAGCAGGAGGACCGCAUGCUCACCCAGCUCGUCCAGGAGAUGCGCGUCGGCAGCCACAUCCCCUACCGGAAAAUUGUCUACUACAUGGAGGGGAGAGACUCCAUGCAGCUCAUCUAUCGGUGGACCAAGAGCCUAGAUCCCAGCCUGAAAAAAGGGUUCUGGGCCCCGGAGGAAGAUGCGAAGCUGCUUCAAGCGGUUGCCAAAUACGGGGAGCAGGAUUGGUUUAAAAUCCGGGAAGAGGUGCCAGGUAGGAGCGAUGCCCAGUGCCGAGAUCGAUACCUCAGAAGGCUACAUUUCAGCUUGAAAAAGGGACGCUGGAAUUCAAAAGAAGAGGAAAAGUUAAUGGAAUUGAUAGAGAAGUAUGGUGUUGGUCACUGGGCAAAAAUUGCUUCUGAACUUCCCCAUCGGACAGGCUCCCAGUGUCUAAGCAAGUGGAAAGUCAUGGUCAGGAAGAAGCAGAGUCGGGGGAGGAGGAGGCGGCGGCCCCUUCGCAGCGUGCGGUGGAGCUCCAGCAGCGGGGACUCCAGCAGUGGGGGCAGCAGCAGUGGAGACUCCAGCAGUGGGGUCAGCAGCAGCAGCGAGAGCAGCGAGGACUCAGAGCCAGAGCCGGAGGAAGCCCAGGAGAGUAGCCAGGCGCUGCUGUCAGCACAGCACACUGUGCCAGACAUGGACUUGUGGGUUCCGGCCAGGCAGAGCACGAGCGCACUGUGGGGACGAGCGGCAGGGAGCUGGCCAGGACACUCUGCUGCCUCCCCCAGCCCUCCCAAGGGCUCCGAUAUGGCCCAAGGUGGCGGCAGGGAAGCUUGCACCACAGAGGAGGCAGGCCAGGCGCAGGCCCCCUCCGGAACCCACAGUGCCAGCCUGACAGGCGUUGAGUACCCAUGCUCAGCAGACACUCACCCCAAGAGCUCAGAGGGGCCAGCAGACGAGGGCGGGAAGCGUCUGCUGAAGGUGCCCCUGGAGACCGUGUUGCGGGUGCUCAGGACCAACACAGCCACCCGGUGCCGGACACUGAAGAAGCUGAGGCAGCCGCGCCUGCUCGGCGCACCCCUGGAGGCCAGCCCCGGUGGCAGUGGUGUGGCCGGGCCCCAUCUGCGUCAGCUAUGGCACGAUUCCGUUGGGAGCAGGCAGCGGCGCCGGGGACACGCCCUGCAGAGGAGGCUCCUUGAGCGCCAGCUUCUGAUGGCUGUGAGCGCGUGGGUGGGCGACAUCGUCCUGCCCUGCAGCUCCCGGAGGCCUGCCAUGGUCCACACUCGAGCCGACAGCGUGAGGGAGCAGCUGCAGGAGGCCCACCUGGCCAGCACCCCGGUGUUCACCCUCUUCCUUCAGCUGUUCCAGAUCGACACUGCUGGAUGCAUGGAGGUCGUUCGAGAGAGGAAGGCCCAGCCACCUGCCCUGCUCCAGGCUGGCGCUUGGGACCCGCCGGUGCGGCUUCUGCAGGUGCCCUCGAGCGCCCAGAACACCCCAGGCUGCCUCUUCCAGAACGUGCCAGCCCGAGAACCUGCCAAGAGGAGCACCAGCCACAGAGGAAGAGGGGGGCUGCAGGCCUGCCGCACCGAGUCCACGCCACAGGCACCUCUGCCAGCUCCCUGCGGGCCCCGGCCCAAGCCCAAGACUGUGUCCGAGCUGCUUCGGGAGAAGCGGCUGCGGGAGGCCCGAGCCAGGACGGCUGCCCAGGGCCCCGUGGUUGUCCCACCCCCGCUGCUAGGUUCCUCACCUGUGACCCUCAAGCUCCCUCUACCGCUGGCCCCCAAAGGCCUCACAGCCUCAGGUCCGAUUAUCUCAAAUGUAGCAACCUGUGGGCCUGGGGCCCCUGCAGCAGCCAGUCCAAGUACUUCAGGCUCCUGGGCCUCAGCCAAGGUCGAGAGACCCCCCACGCUGCAGGCUUUGGGCCUGGCUGUGAAGGCCCUGGCUACCCCUGCUGCCUCUGCUACCUCCGGGGCCCCAGCUCUGGGUUCCGCCCAGGUCCCUGGGGGCUGCCCUCUGAGCAGUCUUGGACAGUCUCAGGCCCCCGCCACGUCCCGGAGGCAGGGCCUGCCCGAGGCUCUCCCCUUUCUCCCUGCAGCCCCCAGCCCUGCUCAGCUGCCUGUCCAGCCCCUCAGCCUGAUGCCUGCUCUGGGCACAUGCAGGGGUGGGCCACAGGUGUCAGUCAGCAGCCCUCUGCCCGUCACCUGGGUGCUCACAGCCCAGGGGCUGCUCCCUGUGCCUGUGCCAACUGUGGUGAGCCUUCCCAGGCCAGCAGGGAUCCCUGGCCCCAAAGGGCUGUCAGUGACUCCACUGCCCUCUCUGACUGAGACACAGGCAGGCCAGGGUCCCAGGCUCCCUGGGCUGAGCCACCCUUGGCAGCCCCCAGCCAACGUGGACACAGAGUUAGACCCUCCCGCCAAGACAGACUUCUCCACCCUUCCCACGCCCCCCUCAUCCCAAAGCCCGGCAGAAGUGGACAGCGACACAGCCCGUGCUCCUGGGGGACUCUCCUCCCCUGAAGAGGCCCAAGUGGCUGGGGAGACAGCCACUCCCAGGACAUCCUCCCAGGCCACGCUCCUGGCUGACCACCCUGAAGCAGAGCCUCCCCAAUCCAGCCAGCUGCCUCCACAAAGUGGGCCUGGCCCAGGGGGCACACUGGGGUCUCCCUCAGAGCCAGGGGAGCCCAGGGGGCCUCUGGCCCUGGAGAGGCUGCCCGCACCCCGGUCUGGGCCUGAGAAGGGUGCCCUGGACCUGGGCCUUCUCUCCCAGGAGAGUGAGGCAGCAGUGCGGGAGUGGCUGAGGGGGCAGCGAGGGGUGUGUGUGCCCGCCCUGGGGAGCAGGCUGCCCUACCAGCCCCCCGCCUUGUGCAGCCUGCGGGCACUGUCUGGCCUCCUGCUCCACAAGAAGGCCUUGGAACACAGAGCCGCCUCCCUUGUGCCCGGCGGGGCGGCCGGAGCCCUGCAGGCCUCGCUGGGGCAGGUGCGGAGGCGGUUCCAGGACAAUCCAGCCUACCUGCUGCUGAGGGCGCGGUUCCUGGCAGCCUUUGCCCUCCCUGCACUGCUGGCCACCCUGCCCCCCCACGGUGUCCCCACCACCCUGUCGGCCACCAUGAGGGCCGACUCUGCAAGUGAGGAUGACAGCCUCGGGGAGCUGGAGUUCACUGAUGGUGGCAGGCAGCGGGGCUGCUCAGUCAGCAGUCCCCAGGCGGAACCAGCGGCCACAGCCCCCAUUCAGGGAACUGCAGAGCUUGGCGAGGGCUCUGUCCCCUCCUUCCUGGACAGUUCUGACGACCUCGAUGUGCUCAGAACCCGGCACACCCGGCACGUCCGGAAGCGGAGGAGGCUGGUAUGAGCAGCAGGGACGGCCCUGGGCCCAGACACCGCUGGCUGCUGCUGACAGGAGGUGGG